GUACCCCUCAGAUUAUUGCAAAUUUGCGCGCCAGAAAACGAAAUUAAUAAUUUUAAUAAAAAUGGUUUUAGAAAAUGUUGCAAGUUUACCUUGGGUGGAGAAAUAUCGUCCUGCCAAACUCAAUGAUUUGAUAUCACAUGAAGAAAUAAUUUCAACAAUAAAUAAAUUUAUAAGUCAUGAUCAGUUGCCUCAUCUUCUCUUUUAUGGACCACCAGGAACUGGCAAAACAUCAACAAUUCUUGCAUGUGCUAAACAGUUAUAUACACCAGCACAAUUUCCUUCAAUGGUUCUUGAAUUAAAUGCAUCAGAUGACCGAGGAAUUGGAAUAGUUCGAGGUCAAGUACUCAACUUUGCCUCUACUCGUACAAUCUUCAGCGGUGGCUUCAAAUUAAUUAUACUCGAUGAAGCAGAUGCAAUGACAAACGAUGCUCAAAAUGCUUUAAGAAGAAUCAUUGAGAAAUAUACUGACAAUGUUCGUUUCUGCAUCAUUUGUAACUAUUUGAGUAAAAUCAUUCCAGCAUUACAAUCCCGAUGCACGAGAUUUCGUUUUGCUCCACUGGCAUCUGAACAAAUAUUACCUCGUUUAAAUCAUGUUAUUCAAGAAGAAGAUUUAAUAGUAUCCGAAGCUGGAAAGAAGGCGUUAAUAGAUCUCUCGGGUGGUGACAUGCGUAAAGUUCUCAACGUUCUUCAAAGCACUUGGAUGGCAUUCAAAGAUGUAUCGGAAGAUAAUGUUUACAGUUGUGUUGGACAUCCAUUGAAGAAAGAAGUUGAAAAUAUUGUUUAUUGGCUGUUAAACGAUGAAAACUUCAAGGACACAUAUCAGAAACUUAAUCAAAUGAAAAUAAAUAAAGGACUUGCACUUGAAGACAUUCUCACACAAGUUCAUCUUUACGUGCAACGAAUGCAACUUCCCAGCCCCGUGAUCUGCAAAUUAAUCAUCAGAAUGGCAAAUAUUGAAGAACGAUUAUCUCAAGGAUGCUCUGAAAAGAUUCAACUCUCAGCGUUGAUUGCUGCUUUUCGAAUUGCAAGAAAUGAAGUUUCUGUUGAUGAUGAUUGAAUUGCUUUUGUCAGAGAUUACAAAUAAAAGUCUUAAAUUUCAUUAAAAUUAAA